AUGGGCAACCGCCGCCACCGAGCCCUCACAAAAUCCAUCCAGGACGCGCUCCUGCGCGACCCCAAGACCUUCCGCAAGACGCUCAUCGGGCGCAUCCUCGCCUUCUUCAGCAUCUACUACAUAAAACUGCUGCGCCAUAGCGACGAGCGGUUUCGGCGAUUGCGCAUCGAGGCGUAUGGGAUUGAUGAUGACGAGUAUAGGGGGUCGUUUUGCGCGCAGGGGAGGGAGGCGGCUUUGGUGCCGAUGGGGGAUUUGGGGUUUUCGGGGUCGACAUUCUUCAGCACAUCCAACAGCAAAUACCUCGUGAAAAGCCUCCCCCGCCACUUCGAGCACUCCUUCUUCCAAGACGACCUGCUCGCGCCCUACAGCGAAUACAUGAAAACCCACCCAGACUCCCUCCUCGUCCGCAUAACAGACUACCUGUACGCGCCCAUCAAAACCCUAGGCAGCAUAGCAGGCAUAACGCCCGCGCACCACAUCAUCAUGGAGAACGUCCUCUCCGGGAAAAACAACUCGCCCUCGUCGGGCGAGAAGUGGGAAACGUAUGACUUGAAGCCCGUGGAUUACUUUUAUCCUGAGAGGGACCUUGUGCCUGAGCCGCUUGUUAGUGAGGAUACGCUGUCGCGGCUGGCGGAUGAGUUUCCGGAUAAGAUUCGCUUAAGGGGGGAGGAGUGUCGGGCGUUUAGGAGGGUGGUGGAGGAUGAUACGCGGUUUUUGCAGGAGGCGAAUGCGGUGGAUUAUUCGUUGUUUUUGGUGCGGUUUCCGGUGGAGGAGGGGGAGGGGAUGGGGAGGAGGGGUAGGGAUGGGAGGGAUGAGGAGGUGGAUAGGUGGAGGGUUGGGGUGGUGUCUGCUGAUGGGCGGUGGAGGUAUCGGGCUGUGGUGUUGGAUUUCUUUUGGGGGAGGCAUAAGCUGCAUGCGCAGGCGAUGACCGGGGUCGUGCAGACGUUUAAUGUGGUUGGGAGGCAGGGACCCAUGUCGGUUACGACUACGGCGGAGGAGUAUCGGGGGAAGUUUUUGACCAUGGUAGAGUCUAUUUUGGAGGUUGUUUAAGUUAUGUGGGUUUUGCGAAUUAUGAUACCUAAGGUGGUGUCGAGGGCAGUCCAUUAUAGAUUAUGUUCCCCUGCUGGGCUUCUAUCUCUUGCAAACUCUGAACACUGCUCCACUGUGCGGUAGCACAUCUCGU